GGCCGGCGCGCAUCUUUAGCGCCGCGAAAAUUAAAUUUAUUUUAAAUAUAAACAAUAAUUAAUAAACUUUUAUCUCAAUAAACAAUUUUUAGUCAAUUAAAUAAAUAAAUUAGUGAUGUGACAGUGGACUUUAUUUUAUAAUUUAAUAUGAGGAAUGAAAAUGUCGGGUGUGAAUUUAUAUUUUAUGUCAGAAGGAGAAAAAUUAUUGCACACAACAAAAAUGGCUACGAAUAUAAAGCGAAUAAGUGAAGUGACCAAUCAGACAGUAAAGAAAAAAUUUCAUAUUUUAAAAACAAUGUGCACAAUAAAUAAAUAAAAAAAAAAAGAGUAAAUGGUCGAGGGAAAGAAUCGGGAGCGUCGUCGCCGGAAGCGAAAAGAAGAGAGACCGUCAGUUCGGAUAAGUGGGAGUGGGAGUAGGACCGGGAGUAAAAAAGAAUCAAAAGUGGCGUCGACACACAAGCGCGAGCAUAAUCACGAGUCCUGCGGGACUCGUAACCGCCGCAGAACUAAUGGUGGCUCGUUAUCAAGUCGCGGUAGCGCGACGAGCUUACAAUGUGGAUUAUGUGCCGUUUUGACGAGUCUUUUUCGCCGGGCGAUGUGCAUUGCCGGCAGUAGACGUGGCUCAGGUGAAUCCUGUUAUCAGGAGCUUUCUACUGAUAUGCAACAGCAUAAUGUUACUAAUAUACCGACAACAACAGUAACUGAUACUUUAUCUUGUCAGACACAACAAUUAAAUACUGAGGCUGAACGUCACACUUCGUUUACUCAACGUCUACGUGAAUCUAUUGAUGAGCCAAACACUGAGAUAACUACGGAUGAUAAUCAACAAAAUGACGCAAUCAUACGUAUUUCCGAAGAAGCAGCAUUGCCUUCGUCAGGAGUAUCGCCAUCAAUUAUCGAUGGGUCAUCAUCAUACUAUAAUGAUCAAUCUUCACCCGCAUUACCGGCUCCAGAACAAGAUAUCGUAGAAAUAGAAUUAAACCGUCGUUUCUCCGAGACAGAUAAUUUACUGUUGGAAAACCUGAAUAUCGAGAAUAAACGUCACCGUCAUACUGGAAGAUUUCUUACGAUGCAUAAAAGAAGACGUAAAAAACUUACAACAAGAUCAUUAAAUCAAGAUCCAGGUCUUCUUGAUGAUAUUUUUCAUGGACAAGUUCAGUGCAUGCUGCAGAGGGCCGGUCACUGGCGUUUCAAUGCUUUCACCCUGGAGACAGUAUCCGGAGGUCGUUCAUUACCAGUAUUAUGUGUCCAUUUAUUUCAAUGGUACGGACUUAUUAAUCGUUUUAAUUUAGAUGUUGUACGUGUUUGGAAAUUAUUUGCUCUAAUCGAAGAAGGCUAUCACAGUACAAAUCCUUACCACAAUAGUAUCCAUGCAACGGACGUCACUCAAGCAAUGCAUUGUUUUCUUCAGGAAGACAAGAUACGCAGACAUCUUACCAGCCUGGAAGUUAUGGCCUCACUUAUUGCUGCGGUUACACAUGACCUGGAUCAUCCUGGAGUAAACCAACCAUUUCUGGUGGCUACCAGCAAUCACUUGGCUACACUCUAUGAAAACACUUCAGUCCUGGAGAAUCACCACUGGCGGUCGGCAAUCGGAUGUCUCCUGGAGUCCGGAGUCUACCAGCAGCUUUCCCCCGAGCUACGGCCAACUCUCCAGCAAUACAUAAGCUCUCUAAUUCUCGCAACAGACAUAACGCGUCAACAAGAAUUUAUCGCACGAUUCAAGACUUACCUGGACACCCGCGAGCUCGACAUGUCCUCUCCCUCCCACCGGCAUUUCAUCCUCCAAAUAGCUCUCAAGUGCGCAGACAUUUCGAAUCCCUGCCGGCCAUGGGACAUUUCUCACAAGUGGUCCCUCAAAGUCUGCGAGGAGUUCUUCCGCCAAGGGGAUUACGAGCGUCAGCUAAAUUUGCCCGUGACUCCGCUCUGCGACCGCGCCAGCAUGUCAAUUUCCAAGAUCCAAGUCGGAUUUUUUGAAUUCGUAGUGACUCCUCUCUAUCAAGAGUGGCACCGAUUCCUAAACUCCAGUCCUCUGAGUCUCAAAAUUAUGGCGAAUCUCCGGUCAAAUCAUCACCGCUGGCAGUCGCUAAAAAAUUCCGACACUCCCAUAUCCUCAUCUCCCAAUUCCAUUUCAAAAUCUCUCAGCAAAUCCGUUACCAAGCCCUCUCCCGAAGACAACACGAGUUUCAUUCGAGCUUCCUCUGAUCUUUCAAUCGAUUUGCCCUCCAUUACAAACCCGCCAUCUUCUAUUGCCGCGUCUCUGGCAGUUCCGGUGAAUAUUCACGGGCGACGGCACUCAGUUCCCUUGAGUUUAAGCAAACCCGCAGUUAAUUCUCAUCGCCGCGAAAGUGUUCCCUGUACUCCAGAGUAUCCGAAAAUAUUUAAAAAUUCAUCAUUCAAUAAAUUAUCAUCCCUGUCGUUGCUUUCUACCCACAGUGCCGCCAGUUACAAUGAAGAUGAGCGACCUGUUAGCGCAGAAAAUCUUCUUCCGGAGCCAAGUAUCGCAAGUAUUACGAGUUCCGCUGCUGCAAGCAAACUCUGCGAGGUUCUGCAGCCAGAACGAACUACUAAUAAAUUGACGAGACAGCAAACUUUUCCUCCAUUGCAGCCGUGCAAUCGAACUCGGUACAUGUCAACCACAGCAGAAAUGGCCCAGUUUCGGGUGGCCGAUCUCUCUGAAGAUAUUGAAAUUGAAAGAAAAAACGAGAAAGAAGACAUGGAAAUUUAUCGAGCUAAGAAGAAAUUGACCAGUCGUAGCUACACUUUAAAUCCUGAUACUGUGACAAGUGACAGUAAAUUUAGCGAUCGGAGAUACUCGGUCCAGUCGAUGACGGGAACUAAACCUGAUAAAGAGGAAAAGAAAUUGAGAUGUUACUCUGUCCAGGAUGCGACGGACCCGGCGGUUAUUUAUGCGAAUUUGACCAGCAGAAAGGACUCGGGACAGUCGAAUGAAUCAGCGAGGGACCUGGAAGAGUUCAAGGAAGAAGAUUGGACGGGUGAUGAAAACGCCAGAGAUGAAUGCGGGCCGUUGCCGGGCUCGGGGAAGGUCAGGGAUGAUCGAAGGUUCAGUACUCCCGUUGAUGGGAUAAAGGGAAUGAUUUUUGAGAAUAGAAGAUUUACCGAGCCGAGAUUGGAGAGGGUUUUCUUUAUUGGGAGUCCGCCGGAGUCUCCGCCGAGGAAGAGCAAUUCGUCGUCUAGUGACGGCAGCGAAAAGAAGGUCGGGGAGGAAGGAAAUUCUAAGAGGGAUGAGGUCACUAGAUUCAGAGGAAUGAAGAUUAUCAAGUUGGACGAGGGCAGAAAAGAAAACGUUGACCCGCGGGGGGAAGAUGGAAAGGGACGCAGAAUGGGAUGGGCGAGAAGAGGUUCCGCUCCAGUUGGAUUGAUGUCGAGGAUUGAUGACUUUGGGGUGAGAAGUGACAGAAGACGGGGAUCUGUUCCUACGGAGACUGAACAAGUAACUGGACUCCGGUCAGCACUAGGACCGAGAGAAAACGUACCUCUGCCUCGACGAGCGAGUCUCCCUCAAGAGACGGCGUUGACUAACAUCAUCGGUAUUCUAACCGUCGAUCGUGAAAAUUAUCCAGUAAACAAUAACAAUAAUCAAGGAAUAAAUAACAACCCAGGAUCAAUUCAGCAAAUUCGUCUUGUAGAAUCGGGGCUCGUAAGUACUACUGGGAAUCCCGGUGUUCCUUUAUCACCUCGCCGUGGGUCAGUACCAGCAGAUAUAUCUGAGUUACGUCGUGAUUAUUUUAUCCGUAACGCCAGUAAUAAUCCUAGUGUCAGUAAUAAUGUAUCAGGAACACAAUUGCCACAGAAUAAAUCUAUAUCUCGUAAUAAUCGUAAAAAAUCCCUGAGAAGACGGAGCUCUGGUGGUCCUGAAAUGUUUUCGAUACCGAGCACUGACGAUAAUGACAAUGGCUGUUGUAGCAACACAACCACCAGCAAAUGGACUGGAUGGAAACGUGAUUUAAAACGUGACUCAAAUAUUCCAGAGCCUAGUGUUAAGCGACGCGGAUCAUUGCCCGUUGAAAUGCUUUCAGUAGCUCAUUCUGCUCGUUAUAAUUUCAGAUAAAACUCAUUAUUUAUUUAUUCAUUCAUUCAUUUAUUCAUUUACUAGUUUAUUUAUAUGUAAAUACGCGAGUUUAUUAUAAAGUUAAUUGAUUAAUUAAUUCAUUUUAUUAUUUAUUUUAGCGGGGAUGUAGGUUUUAUAUUUACGAUUUUAUCAUUUUUUUUAGAGCGCCCUCUUUUUUCUCACAUUUUUUUUUUUUUUAAUUAAUUCAAUGAUCUUUAAUUGUCCUAAUUAUGUUACAAUUUAAUUAAUUAAUUAACUUAAAUUUCGCGAUUAAAACGUAUCACUAAAAAUAAGUAAUUGAAAUUAAGACGAUUUAGUUAAAAUUUUACUAGAGUAUAAAUUUCGAAAAAAAAGAUUUUUUUUAUAUUUAUUAAGAGUUGAAGAAAAGUAUUUAAAUAAAUUUUAAAUUAAUGGCGGGCUUAGAUUUUUAAAUCAAAGUCAAAAUUUUAAUUGACUGAGAAAAUUUUGAAUUUUAAUUUGAAGGUUUUAAUCAGAGAUAAAUACAAUUAACUUCUAAUUAAUAACUGUAUUUUUUUUUUAAACAAAUUAAUAUCCAAGUAAAAUUUGACUUUAUCUUAUUAAUAUUAAUGCUUGGAUUUUUUAAGUUAAUUCCCUGAUUAAAUUCUUCGAUUAAAUCUGAUUUAAAAAUUUUAAUCGAAGUUAUCGAACAAAAGUUGAAUAUGGUUAUGAAAAUUCAGUGAUUGGAUGAAUUGGAAAAAGUAGGGGGAGCUCUAAGAAUGCAAUUAAUCGCUCGUUUCACUGCUCGGAAUUUAGUGAGGUUAGUGGGAGAUUUGAAUUUAAACGUUAGAAUGUACGAAUUCGUGAUAUUUUAAAAAGUUAUUUAUUUAUUGAAUAUUGUAAGAUAAAUAAAAGAGCUUGCGGUUAUUUAGAGCUCAGUUUAAAUUUAAAUAAAUCUGGUAAGUAGUUUUUAAGAUACGAUAAAAGCACUGAUUAAUGAUACCAUUAAUUAUUGACGCUUCAAUUUAUUAAUCUGCUUAUUAAAUUAUCUUCAACACUUCAAAAUUUACCGGCUUUAAAACCUAAUUUUGAAUAUUUAAUUUAUCAAUAUAUUUUUUUUUAGUCCAUAAAGUUUUAAAAUCGUUUAUUUUUUAUUAAAUUUUAUAAAUAAUUUAAGUCAAUAACAAAUAAAAUUAAACUAUUUUCUAACAUUUAAAUUUCAAUACUUGUUCAUUCAAAUAAAUUAAAAUUUUUUAUUUAAUGUUAGAUUAAUCGCGCAUGCGCAUUAGAGGUUUCAAUAAUUCAUAAUUAAUUUGACAUGUCAAUAAUUAAUGUUCUGGGCGAUUUACUUUACCAUUUUAUAGUUAAUCGUUAAUUAAAAAAAAUAAUAAUUUGUAAAAAAAUAUUUUAGUCUUAAAAAUAAUUUCUGAAUAUUUUUAAAAUGUGAGAAUUAAUUGAUUAUUAAAAUUUUUGUGUAAAAAGACUUGAAAUUUUUAAAUUUUAUUAAUUUAAGAUAAAUAAUAUCCGAGCAGUGUAAAAAAUUAUUCAAAUAAGAAAUUUAAAAAAAUAGAAUCUCAAUUAUACAAAAUUAAUAAAUUAGCGCCAAAUUAAUUUGUGCCAUAAAAAAUUAAAAGACAAAAAUUAAAUUAAGAAUUUAAAAAAAUUAUAAUUGUUAUUGACAAUUAAUUAAUCAAUUAACUGAGAAAAAAAUUGUAAUUAUUAUUAAAGCCUAGAAUAUGAAUGGAAGAAUUAAAAAUAAAAAUAAAGACUGGUAGAGAAAUAAUUUUAAAAAUGAAUUAAUCAAUUAAAGGAUUUUAAUUAGACAUGCGUAUGAUUGGUUACUAGUAAAUUUUUUUUAGUAAUUAUUAUUUAAUAAUAAAAAUGAUAAUAAUUUAGAACAAUGAAAUUAACAAUGUGACAUUUGCUCAUAUUUUUAAAAAAUAAUAAAUAAAUAAUUUUUAAAUUUA